GCUGCACAUACAAACAAAGUUUCUCGGAACUGCUGAUUUCAUUUCUGACUCAAUCUACGCAGUUAAAUACAUAUGUGAAAACAUGCAUGGUUCUAGUUAGUUAGUUAUCCAGUUUAUUCAAGUGUCAAAAUCCCACGGUACAAUUAAGACUUACGACGCGAAGACAAACACAACCUCUCAAUAUAAAAUUAAAUAAAGCCAAAUUUAAACUAACAGUCUAUUAAGAUAAUUAAUAGUAACAAAAAAAUGUUAUUUGUUACAUAUUUUAAAGUAAUAAACAAAGUCGUCGCUUCUCUUUUCAAGUAAACAACUAAAUAUUUAGGCCUGAUCUAAAACAGAGAUUUGGAUUUUCUAAAUGAACAAUUUCUUGGAUUUUCUAAAUUAACAAUUUCUUUGGAGACGGAAUUCACACAGCGAGGAAGAGUAGUAAAUACAUAUUAGAAUUUUCAUAAAGUUUACUAUCAUUAAAUUCCAAAUUGAAGCUGCUACAGAAAGUGUUCGAAACCUGUGGUUCAAGUGACAAAUAAAUAAAUAAAGAUAUUUACAUAUGUGCAUAUGUGUCAAUAUUUAAAAUUAUAAGAAAAGGUUAAAUUUAAUUUCUAUGGCGACCCAAUUUACACCCGGAACCGGAUCUGAUCCUACGAGCACAUUAGAAAUUUCAAUUUCGUGCAGAAAUCUCAUAGACAAAGACACAUUUUCUCGAUCAGACCCAAUGUGUGUGGUUUUCCACCCAUCCCCCACCGGGUCGGGUGGGUGGGAGGAGUUGAAACGCACCGAAGUUAUUUGGGACUGCCUAAAUCCCGACUUUGUGACAAAAUUAGUGAUCGACUACAGAUUUGAGGUUGAGCAGAAACUCCGUUUCGAAGUUUAUGACAUAGACUCACCCAGUUCAAACCUGGCUAAUCACGAUUUUCUCGGUUGUGUGGAAACCAACGUUGCACAAAUCGUGUCCAAAGGCUUUAACGGGCUCACCCUCCCACUUCAGUUGGACAAAGGAAAAUAUCGCCAAAUGAAAACUGCCAAUACCCGCGGAACAAUUACUUUACUCGCUGAGGAACUCGUACAAUACAAGGAAGAGGUAAUUUUCAAAUUGGAAGGAUACUCAAUGAGCGGUUCAUACCUCAUGGGGAUGUUCAAAUCCUCGAUAUUUUUCACCUUAUCAAAAAUAACGGAAUCCGGGAACUACACGAUUGUCUAUAGAAGUCCAGAAGUUAAAGGUCCCAACCCUUCCUGGCCCCCUGUCACGAUAUCCAUGCGAACCUUAGCGAACGGGGAUAAGGAUCGCUGUCUCCGAAUAGAAGUUUGGAAGUCGGGUGUUAACGGGUAUCAUAAAAGCUUGGGGAUUGUUCAUACCACCGUUUCCAAAAUGCUGGCAGACUUAAGACAAAAGAUUUGGAUCACUGGAAAUAAUGGGAAGGAAUCAAAGUCCAGUAUUAAGUUUACUCAAUUAAGCAUCGUUCCCGUCUUCACAUUUAUGGAUUAUAUUUCCAGCGGGACACAAAUACAUUGUUGUUUCGCCAUCGACUUUACAGGAAGCAACGGCGAUCCCUCCGAUGCACACUCCUUGCACCAUUUCACGACGAGUGAUCUACGUGGAAACCCGUACGAGCAGGCGAUUCAAUCUGUCGGUGAAAUAAUUCAGGAUUACAACCCCACUAAAUUAUUUCCGGUGUAUGGUUUUGGAGCAAGGAUCCCUCCCCUGGGGGUUGUCUCGCACAAUUUUCCGGUCACUUUAAACCCUUCUAAUCCACAUUGCAAUGGGAUUAAUGGUGUCAUUGAGACCUACAGAAACUGCAUUAGGCAAAUUCAACUGUUUGGACCAACAAAUUUUGCUCCAAUUAUUCGCGACAUGGCAAAUACAGCGAGAAGAUCGGCGGAUGGGAAACAUUACCACGUCCUUCUUAUCAUUACGGAUGGAAUAAUUACAGACAUGCCACAAACUAAGGAGAUAAUUGUUGAGGCGGCUGUCCUUCCCCUCUCGAUAAUUAUCGUGGGCGUGGGCAACGCGAACUUUGACGCGAUGCAAGAACUCGACGGCGACACUGUGCGGUUAUCUUACCAGGGGAAACUUGCGUCUCGGGAUAUCGUCCAAUUUGUCCCUUAUCGAGAUGCCUAUUCCUGGCUGGCUUCCGUUUCCCCAGGGGCACUGACAACUUCCUCGUAUGAAAGUACGGCCCGUCUGGCUAAAAUCAGAUUGGCGCAAGAAGUCCUGGCAGAAAUUCCGGAACAGUUGACGUCAUUUAUGAAAAGCAGAAAUAUUUUGCCAGGAAACAAUUGAAAUUAAUACUCAGAAAUAUAUUUGAUUAUUAAACGUAUUUGAAAUAUGCUUAUUGAUCAGAGUGUAAGUUAUAUUCGAAGAAUUAUUCAGCACGAAAUGAAAAAUCUGCCACAAAGUAAAUAUUGCCUAGAGAUGUGCAGGGCCGGCAUUUUUCAUUGCCCGCCCUACCCUAUACCCUACUUGGCCCUGCCCUGCCCUACCCUACCCUAUAGGGUAGGGUAAAACUGAAACCCGGGCCUGCCCUACCCUAGAAAAAUAAAGCCCGCCCUAGCCCUACCCUAGAUUUUCUUUAUCAAUAAAAACCCUACCCUACCCUAUAGGGCUUUGGGCCCAGGCCCUAUUCAUAAUUGUUUAUGUAAAUCGUUUAAAGCAACUAAUAAUAUUAAUAUAUUAUUAGUUCGCAAUUAUGAUGAUUAAAAAAAAAUUAUAAUGCCAUUAAGACUUCAAAAAUGGUCUAGUAAUUUUGUAAAUCAAACUUAAUUUCGUUAACGUUUCCACCGGACAAAAAUGAACUUCUUGGCUCUCGUACUCGUGUGGUUGAACAAUUCUUAUAUCUAUGGAAUUUGACGCAAGAAAUUUAAGUCUUCUUGCAACUUUCCAAAUUUUGUGUCGCCACACCAGUAACAAAUCUCAACAUGGAGUAGUCAAUCUCCAUAGUAUAAUCAAUUUUAAGUACUUGUAACACAAGUGAAUUAAUACAGCAGAAAGAUGACAAGAUUGUCCCGCGUCUCAUUUCUAAUCGCCUGCUCGAUGGUUGACUGCGUUAUAGUAAAACGGAAAAGCCCUACCCUGCCCUACAUCAUAUUGGUGUACAUACAAAAAAGCCCGCCCGGCCCUAUACCCUACUUAGAAAAGCCCUACCCUACCCUGCCCUUAAAAAUUCAGGGUAAUAAAAGCCCGCCCGCCCAAAGCCCUAUAGGGUAGGGCAGGGUAGGGUUUUUUUAUGGUAUACCCUACCCUAUGCACAUCUCUAAUAUUGCCAAAACUGACUACGCCGGAGUGGUACAAAAAAGUCGCUAACUUAAGAAAAAAUUCGCAAAAACUAAAAUCGCAUAUUGAUAUAUUUAUGUAAUCUAUGGAAACAAAGCAAAGUUCGUUGUUUAUUUAAAUUGCCAUUUUAAAAUAAUUUUAUAUCUGAAUUAGCAUUUACCUAUGCUUAUUAAAUACAAUUUAGACCCAAGAUCUGGUUAGGUUAAGCGAAUAUUUUAUAUUUACAGUAAAUAUUUAACUUUAUUCUAGAUGAUGCAUGUUUAUGGUACAUAAAUCGCAAAUACUUUAUAACGACUUAA